AUGUCGAACUCACCUUCUUCCGAAGUCGAUAUCAUCAUCGCUGGAGGCGGUACCAGCGGGCUAGUAAUUGCUAGUAGACUUGCAGAGGCCGACCCGACUCUGAGCAUCCUUGUGCUGGAAGCAGGCCCACCGACACAAGAAGAUCCAGCCCAUACUCAACCCGCCCGUUAUCUGAGCCACUUGCUUCCGGGAAGUAAGACUGUCAGGGUCUACGAAGGCCGAAAGACAGAGGAACUCGGGGGCCGAGGAGUCGUCGUACCGUGCGGCCAGUGCCUGGGAGGCGGCUCGAGCGUGAACUUCACGGUGUAUGCGCGGCCUGCGGCGUCCGACUUCGACGACUGGGAAACCACGUACGGUAACCCGGGCUGGGGUUCGAAGGACCUCAUUCCGCUUCUCAAGAAGUCAGAGACCUACCAAGCGGAAGGGUCCGCGGAGACCCACGGUUACUCGGGCCCUCUCAAGGUAUCAUACGGCGGUCUCUUUACGAACAUCGGGCAGCAGUUCCUCGAAGUCGCUGCGCGCUACGAUGCGAAGCGCUCUCUGAUGGAUGAUCCCAACGGUCUAUUCAAGUGCAAUGCAUAUGGGGUAAGUACAUGGAUAUACAUAAGCGCGGACGAUGGACGACGGUCCGACGUGCCCCACUACUACAUCUACAACCGAACCUAUCCCAAGCUCGAGAUACUCACCGGUUACCUCGUGAAGCGAGUCAUCUUUGAAGGAACGCGAGCUGUCGGCGUUGAAUACACGCCCAAUGCGCGGUUCCAGCCUGACGAGAAGCAGGGGACCCGCAUCGCCAAAGCCAAGAGGCUGGUACUUCUGUCAGCCGGCGCCUUUGGGACCCCUGCGAUAUUGGAACGUUCCGGCAUCGGAGCUCCGGCGCUGCUGAAGAAGCUCGAGAUAGAGCCCUUGGUUGACUUGCCCGGCGUCGGCGAAAAUUAUCAAGACCAUCAAGUCAUUUUUGCGCCGUACCUCGUGAAGGACGAGGCGGAAACUCUCGAUGGCAUUGUUAGAAACGAUCCCGAGGAAGUCGAGAAUUGGAGCGCACAGUGGACCAAGGACGGCUCAGGAUUGAUGGCUCAUAAUGGUAUCGAUGCUGCCGGUAAACUGCGGCCAUUUCCGGAUGAGCUCGAACUCAUCGGCCCCCAAUUCCGCGAGAGGUGGGAGACCUACUUCAAGGACGUGCCAGACAAGCCUGUGAUUUGGUGCGGUGCUGUAUCGGAAUACGUUGGUGACCCUUCGACAGUUCCCAAGCGAAAGUACGCCAGUAUAGGCUACUACGUGCAAUAUCCAAUGUCCACCGGCUACGUCCACAUCACAUCCGCAAACGACGUGUCUGCUGCUCCUGACUUCGAUCCAAGAUUCCUACAUCGGGUUGAGGAUCUCGUUCUUCUGAGAUGGGGAUACAAGCAUAGUCGCGAAUUCGCGCGCCGCAUGCCACUAUACUGCGGCGAAUAUCUGCCCAGCCAUCCGCAAUUUCCUGAAGGUAGCCAGGCAAGCUGUAGUUCUGAUGGAGGGCCUGUGGCCAUGGACGCGCCUCUUUUGCAAUACACCAGCGAAGACGACCAGGCUAUUGAUGAAUAUUCCCGCCGUGCGGUACAGACGUCCUGGCACUCGCUAGGAACCUGCGCGAUGAAACCUCGCGGUCAAGGCGGCGUAGUAGACUCUCGAUUGAACGUGUACGGUGUCACUGGCUUGAAGGUAGCAGAUAUGUCUAUCGUGCCUAGCAAUGUUUGUGCGCUAAGUGUGGCGACCCGUAGAACACUACUCUACUGCUCUGGUCGUCGGAGAGAAAGCAACAACCAUCCUGAUGCAGGAGCUGGGAAUUACGGUGUCCCAUACGGCUUGACCAUGGUUUAA